AUGUCUGUGGAUCUCGCCAUGCACCUGGGUCAGGGUCAACAUCUGCCCCAGUUCUUAAGCAUGGGCCCGAAACAUCCCCUUCAGCUCCACUUUCCCACAACUGAACUUCAACUAGCCAGGACGAAGAGCCUCGCAACACUGCCUGUUCCGUUCUCGCAGACCUUGAGUCGGGCAGGAAGGAGUGGAUACAACACAAAAAAGAAACGCGUGGUGUUUGCUGAUGCUAAAGGACUUUCUCUCACAGCGGUGCGCGUCUUUACAGCCGACCCUUCCGAAUCGUCGUCUGAUGAUUUGUCCCCGUCACCUGUGCACCAGCAAUACCAUACAUUACCUGCCAGAUUUAGGAAACAAAGACAGCAUCCGGGCUUUCUGCAGCCCCACGCAGACCUCCUGUCUUUCCGCACCAGCCUGCAAGAAGCCCUGGUGCAGCUGGAGAGUUGCAGUGUCACUGACCGAGUACUGAGCGGUACGGUACGCGUCUUUAACAUCAGCUCCGAAAAAGCCGUGCACGUACGCAUCACUUUUGAUACGUGGCGCACCUACCGAGACGUGCCAUGCUCCUGCGUGCAUCAACAGGACGGAGGGAGCGACACGGAUUUGUUUACGUUCAGUAUCCCUCUUCCAGCACACUUGGACCCACGCGAGCGCACUGAGUUCUGCAUCUCAUAUCGACCUGCCGGAUUGGGUUUACAGGUCUGGGACAAUAACAGAGGUCAAAACUACAGAGUGUACGAAGAACCUGCGGAAAGUGGGAACGUUGCUAUACCCCCAUACCGUCCUCUUAAGAUGCGGCGUCCGGCAGUGCGGCUGAAAAAGAAAGCACCUCAGCUUUGUCUGACCCAACCUGACCCAACUCACCAUCCAGAGAUAACUAAAGGCCAGAACUGGGGUUCUCUGGCGAACAUUGCUCUGUCAUGUUAA